GGUGGGCUGCAGUCUCAGCCAGGAUUGAGUCUGGCAGCUUCUGCUACUGCAGCCAGGCCCAAGUCAGCAGGAAAGCAUGUGUGUCCUCAUUGUGGACGGGACUGCAUGAAGCCCAGUGUGCUGGAGAAGCAUCUCCGCUGCCACACAGGGGAGAGGCCUUACCCCUGCACCACUUGUGGAGUUUCUUUUAAGACUCAGAGCAACCUCUACAAACAUAAGCGUACUCAGGCUCAUGCCCGCCUCUCGUCUGAAUCCGAGCAGAGCAGCCUGGGCAGCACGGACAGCAUGUCCAGCUCUAGGGAGACUUGUACCUCCAGUUUGUCUAUAGAUGAGUCGGGAAGCCUGGAGAAGGAUGUCACGUUACCCGCUGCUGAGAUCACCUGUCCAGCCAGUACAUCAAAGGUCUACUCUGUUACGAGGCAAGGGCCUGUCAAUGAAAAUAAUGAGUUCUCUACAGGUCAUAAGACAGAGCCUAAUGCAGGUGUAGAGCUAACAAAAGAAGAGGAGAAACAGAGGAUGGAAAGCGGAAAGCCUCCUGUGACGGUUAGUCGGCAUCUUCCCCUUCAGAGACAAGAGGCCACUCUAUUCUCCAAGCAGUGGGAGAACUCCAUAUCAAGAGGGAAAUCACAGAAUCAUGAGAGCACUGACUCAGGCUUCAGUGAAAGCAGUGAUCACUACCCAAGUCCCAGCAGCAUUAUACCUGACCACAGUAUGGAUUCCCUCGCCGAAUCCACAAAGGAGCAUCUUGAAGAACCCAUCAGCACAACUGCGCUUUCCGAAACUGGCCAAGGGGUACAGGAGUCCAAAGAAACUGCUAGGGAGCAGGAGCAGAAGACACUGGAGGAGCGUAUAUCUAAACUGAUUUCAGAGAACACAGCUGUUGUGGAGGACAAACAGCUGGAGAAUGUAAGGCCACGGAAGACAGUUCUGUCGAAACAGGGUAGCAUUGACCUCCCAAUGCCAUACACAUACAAAGACUCCUUUCACUUUGACAUGAAGAUCAGUAAGACAAACGUUGGGUUACAAAGAAACAGGAAUCCCGGAUUGUACACCUCAGUGCCGACUCAGCAUUCCUCCACCAUGGAUCAUGCCCCAUUAACCCGAAGCAGCUCCCUUCCCUUCAGUGUUACCCUUCUGCAACCUGAGAGGAGCAGCCCAACCGCCUCCUAUCAGAAUGAUUAUGUUACACUGAUUCGGAGGGGAAGCUCUGGCCAGAUCAAUCCAACAGGUUUCGCAAUCAAGCCUGUGAACCAGCAGUCAUCCACCCACCGCCCACUGGUCCGGCAGACAGCCGUAGACUGCAACCACGCAACAGACGCUCUCUUCAUGAAUUCAUCUGUGGAGGAGGUGUGCACCAGCAGUCUCAGCUGCGAUGGGGAUGGCAGUGACAUUUGUGGAGAGCCAAGCAAUAGAAAGUUCCGGAGAAAAAAAGCACAGAAGUUUGCCUACAACAAGUGGUACAUGUACGGGGGAGGGACAUUUAAGAAGCUCUACGAUGCUGAGAAAACUGGUGAUAACAGUGUUAUCAAAGGCAGGAAAUCUUCUACAAACCCAGAGCAUGACAUUGUCCAGGGCCUGCAAAAAAGACUGACAGCAGUUUAUAAAGAGGCAGUAACUACAACUAGCUCAACCAUAAACUUCAUGAGUAGUACUGGAACAGUGUGCCCUCCUGCGAACCCUUCUGGUGUAGAUUUGAAUCUAAAAACUAGCCAACUUUAUUCAUCAUGCAGCUCUAUCAAGACUCCACUCCGGAAAAAUCUUUCUUUGUCUACACUGCCAUUACCUUCUAUUGGAUCACUAGUUAGCCACAAAACAGACAGCAUAAGACCAGAUGCAGGGAGAUUGAUUAAUCAAGAAAAACAUACUGACUCCACCUCACAGCCCUGUGGAUCCCACAUUCCCUCUGACAGGAAAAAGCAGAGAACUGAUGACAAAUUAAUUUGCUCUGCGGAGAUGGAGACUGACCCGAACACACUGACUCAUCCCCCUCCCUCUGUCACUGGCUGUGUGCCUCAGCAGGAUACAAAUCUCAGUUAUGUCAACCUUCAAACAAAUCAAAAACAUUCUCAGCUCAAAGGACCUUUCUUUCCUCCUUGCAUAAUCAAUGCAAAUGAACCGUCUGUUAGCACCCCGCCAGCUAUAUCCACCCCCACUGCUGCCAAGACCAGCUUCCUGCCCAAGUACCAGCUAAAGUUACCGAACGCUGCUGAACCUGAUUCAAAUCCUACAUUGCCUGUUGUGGAUAAACCAGCACGAACCGACGGCCGCACUUUCACCUCUGCUCUCUCAUCUUCUCACACUCAGCAAACCUCAAGCUCAGUCGUAACUUCUGAAAAGAAACACAGUGAUCUCAUCAGUUCGGCACUGAUGCAGACUUGUGAUAUCAAAAAUACAAAUAGUUACAGCUCUUUUCAAGGCCAGAUUCUCCUGCCUGAAACUAUAAGACUCAAUCAGAAUGUGACAUCUAAUCUCACUGUAAUGCACAGGCCAUUUGCAGGAACCACAAUAACCACAACCUGCCUACAAUCUUAUAAGACAGGAUUAUGCAGCACGUCACAGCCUUCAAAACCAUAUGUGGGUUCAGCACCUAUGCAACAACCUAGACCUGUUGCAGCUAUGGUUGGGAACAUGCCUGCAACACCUAUCGUAACCACAGAAAACAAUCAGCCAUCUGCUGCUGCCAUUACAGCUUUCUCGCAUGGUCAACCUCCUCCUCCGUCACACACGUAUGCUUGCUCAGCAUCAGGCCAGUUAAAUCCCACAAACAGAGCGAAUACCACUCCAAGCAGCUCGAUUGUACCAUGUCAUGUUGUACCAUUUGACCCAGUGCAGCCAGCAGCUCAGAACGUGUUUCACGUUCACACAGCGGACCUCCAGAUCUGCUUGCAGAUCAUAUCCGAUGAGCAGCUUGCUUUAAUUGAACCCCAGAUUGAGCGGCAGGCAGUCAGUAGGGAAGUGGGGACCCCAGGAAUGAUCCAGACUAAAGCUCAAAGUUCUGUCCUCAUGGAAAAUACUGUACAAAGUGAUCAUGCGCAGCUUGGAUGUCAAAAGGAGUUGGACCAAAGCCAGUCUUUACCCACCCUUAACACGGACAGUAUAAAACAUCCACUAUCUGUCCAGUUUUGGAAGGCACAGCCAAAUCUUCACAUGACUGAACAUAGUGAUUCUACUCAGCCUACACUAUCAGCUGAAUCUAAACCUCCUGAAGCUCUAGGGUUGCUGCUACGCCCACACAAACAAGGUCAUGUAAACACAGUCACAGAGACUCAGAGCUGUAUGGGCGAUGUUAUGUUAACUGCUGCUUCACUCAAAGGUGUAAAGUCAGGAGGGAGCCAAAUUUCAGAGGCAGAACAUGCACUUUCUCUGAACCAUAGUGCUGAAGAGCAACAUUUGCCAGACAGGCAGGUCAGCCAAGGUGGACUGGUCUCUCAAUCCCUCUCUGGCCAACACAAGCUCGGCAUGACAUCUCUUUCUCCCAGUGCUGUAAAUCAGAAUAGCAUGAAAAGUGAAUUAUUGAGCAAAGAUAGCCAACACAACCUUAUAAAUAUAGGAGGUUCAGGUAAUAUAAACACAAUUAAAGCCAAGGGUGAAGACUUUGCGUAUGAAAGUAGCAGGUUAGAAAGUGGAGAAACCUGCCCUCCUCUCCAGGUUGGGCUUGGUCAGGCCUCUGGUGCCCCAUGUGUUGAAGAUCUCUCUGGGACAGUUUCUACAUUUUCAAUGGAUAAAUGCAAAACUCCAGGACAAUCAAAUCCACAAACAUCCAUCUGCUGCAGAUAUCCAGUGGAAUCUACAUUACUGGAGACUCUGGAUUCAUCUAAACAUGCAAACAUGGGAUGUGACAGAGUGGGACCUUCGGACAAUGAUGCUCCUUUACAGGAAAUGACCCUCGGUGAAUCACAGAGUGUAAUCAGCUCAGCCCACUCAGACAAACAACCGGGUCCGUUUACUUCAAUGUCUUCUAACAUCCAGGUGGAAAAAGCCAAAGACAUCCCAGCUGUGCUUACAAGUAAUCAGAGCCCUGCUGCAGGUCUUAUGGAGGGAGCCUCCCUGGCAGGAUGUGCAGCCCAGAAGGAGCCACACACGCUAGGACAUGGAGGGACCCCUGGACAGCCAGACUGGAGGUCAAAGCAGAGCCAACAAGCUGAGGAGCCAAACCACCAGUACACGGAGGAGCAAGGGAGUGGAGCGGUGGUGGGAGAGAAUAAGAACGGAGGAAUGAGUAGUAGCAAGGCAGACCAGGUGCCAGGACAGUGGGGGAAGGCCGAGUCCAAUUGCAGAUGCACAGUUAAACCAGAUCUAAUCAUGCCAGAGGGAGAAGACAGACAGGUCAAGGCAGAUUCCUCUUGGCUAUCUGAGCAGCAUCUUCAGCAUCUUUCCCAGACGCACCCUGGAAUGUCUGAAUACCCUUCACAGAUCCCUCAGCAAGCUACAAGCACACCAAAUCACCUUCAUUUACCUGCCAGUGGCAGUCACACCGGCCUUUUCAAUUCUCCACAGCCCCCGUUGGAAAUGAACUUUUAUUUCACACAACAGCAACACUGGGACAGCAGCAUCACUAAUCAUAAACAGACACAGAUUUUGAUGGAAGCAAAUUCAAGUCAGCAUAUAGCACAGGAUCCAUUAGAAGAAACACCAAAUGCUUUUUCACAAACAUUUUCACAUCAGGACCAGAAGCAAGAUAACAAGCUGACCCUGUCUGCUCGGCAAGGACAUACUGCAGCAGGAAACAACAGUGCUGCAGAAUGCUGCUGCAAUAAAUCAAUACCAGGAAGCCAUAAAAGUCCAAGUUUCUCAUCAGAUGUCAAGAUACCAUCCUCCACAUUGCAACCCAGCCAAGGUUCUCAUUCUGCUCAAGUCAGUAGAGUUGCUACUGGUUUGACAGGAGACACCCAAGCAACAAAGAGGAAGGUACUGGAUAAUAAUACUGUGCAGCCAUCGCAGACUUUUAAGUACACUGAAACUGAUGACACCAAGGACCGGGCACCACAUGAAUACACAAGUCAGAGCAGUAACUCUUUGAGAGGUGACAUUACUAACAAAUACCAGCCUUUCUUCUUGGCUGGCCAGCUCCACGGUUACCAAUCACUUGAGUGUCUGACCAAUGCAGUGAGGCCUGUGCAAAGCUGCCAGGACUUCACAGAGGACACCAGCAGUAGUGACGAUGAGGGAAAGCUCAUCAUCGAGCUUUAAAGAGGGGGAGGCACACACGCUUACAUUCUGGUUAUAACUUUACAUGCUGUAGAUAUGUAUUUUUCACAGGCAAAGCUGAUCUGGAGGACACAAAUAAUAUCAUCGAUUGAGAAGAGCAAAAAAACUGCAUUUGUUUGCUGGAAACUCAAAGUAACAAUAUUAAUAAAAAAAUAAUACAAAUUUAAUUCUUCAUGUUUUUCAUUAUGAUAAGGUAUUAAAAGGGUGACAGAUAUUCGUCGUCCAUGA